AUGAAACUUGAUCUCAAAAAAUAUUUUAUAUUUCACCAAUCGAAUCCUCACGACAAAAUAAAUGACGAAUUAAGACUCUUUAAUAAUUGAAACUUUUGAAUUUCCUAGUAAUAAGUCGACAAAAGUAAGCAACGCCUUGUUUGCGAAGUAGAUGACUCGUCCCCUUGUUUGCGAAGUAGAUGACUCUAUAUAAUCGUAUGUGCAUAAGACAAGCUUAUCUCAUCAACCCGCACUGCUUUUCAACUCUAAGAUAUAAUAACAUCUUGCUAGUUCAAUGGCGUACAUUCCUCCACAUAAGCGGCUUUCACUCGACAAGGAUCGACCGCCGCCCGUUGCAGAGUCGAUUAGACCUCUUUUCCAGAAAAAUCUGAGUCUGAAUACAAGAAACAAGAGUGGCAAAAUAGUGUAUUCCAAAAGUUGUAUAUCUAGAUGGUUUGCUGUUGGUUUGAGUGACAAUGACGAGUUUCAGUCUCACGUUCGUCUCGAGCCAGUUUCCGCUGAAUGUUUUAAGCACCAAUCAGGAGGAAAAUCUUUAAUCUUGGUGAACACUAAUGUCAAUGAAGAGAUUAUUGAGCUGAGCAAGUAUAUGAGAAGUCCAUGGUUAACAAUAGCUUCGAAGGUAGAACAUGACCUAUUUUCUUCUCUUGAAAUUUUGAGGAAGCAAAUGAGCUAUCAUGGGUUCGAAAAAGUAAAGCCGGCAUUGGUUGCUAGAUUUGGUAAAAUUCGUUUUCAUGGUAGCCCAUCAGUAAGCCUAGAGAACUUGCAGCAAAAUCAGGUCAAUAAAACUCUUUUGAGACAAUCGAAAAGAUCAUUUUACACAACUAUUCCUUCUUUAUACAUGAAAAAUAUCCAAGACCAAGUGGUGCAGAAAAUUGGAAUUGAUUUUGAAGAGGAAAAAGACAUCUACCGUGUAAUGUUGUCUGAUAACACGCGAACAGAUUCAACUGUUUUAUGCAAAUGUAGCCUAAAUGCGGAUAAAAGACUUAUGUUCUAUAAGGUAGAACUAAAUCAAGUACGCCAGAUGGUCGCUGAUAUAUCGUGCCUUGAUAAGAAUCUCGAUCUGAGGCUAAUGCUGUGCUCCAAGAGGAUCUUAACAGCUGAUCUUACUGAGGAUGAGAUAUAUAGCAUAAAAGAACUGGUUAGUUCUGCGGUUUUGGAUUCAGAUGUGAAGGGUGGGUUGAGAUGGCCUGUGGGGAAGACAUCUUGUGGAGACAGAUUUAGUGUGGUUGGAGUUUGGCACACCGUAACUAGAGCCUAUAGUAGUCCAUCACUUCGGCUCAAAGUACGACAUGCUGACCGAUAUGAUUUUAGGAAGGGAUUUGGAGAAGCUGGAAAGGAAGUUCAUAUGAAGUUGAAAGGGAUAGUUUCAGAAUUUUUGGAACAAGGAGCACAAAAUGAGUCUGUCUCGAACAUGCUCAAAUCCAGCUUGAUGCUGAUAUGGGACAACUUCUUAUGUUGUGAAACCUUUUUAACAUGAGCCGAAUUCUGUUAAUUCUACACCACUUCCCUUUCUUUCGUUGUGUAUAGCUUAAGAAUUAAAAUAGUGUGUGCAUGGAAUGGGAAGGACUUUUGAAGAAGACAAUGUUGCAAGAAUUUGUUUUCAGCUCUAUUUUUGGUUAUUUUGUCCUUCAAUUCUAAUUUUGAAAUGCCAAUGCUGUUGCUUUGGAAA